UUAUUUUUGUUGCAAUAAUAUGCAUUCGCAGAUGAAAUAAUGAAAAUUUAACACAAAUACAUUGUAAUUUAUUUAGAGAAAUUACUUGGUUGAUUCUAAACUCUACGUUUUAAAAAAAUAAAUGUUCAGUACAAAAUCUCAGCUUCGUAAGCGUACUCCAGAGAAUGGUACAGAUCGAGAAAAUUAUUUAUCACUUUUGGUAGAUGAAUACUUAAAUUCAAGUUCUCUUGAUGCGAAAUGUCAAGUGCUGGCCAAUUUAGCGAAUUUUGCGUAUGAUCCUAUAAACUAUAGCUUCAUACGUGAUGUAGGCGCACUGGAUAUUUUUCUCUAUGUUUUGAAGAAUGAAUCCAACUAUAAACUGGUUAAUUUCGCUUGUGGCGGUAUCAGUAAUCUAUGUCUAGAUCCUUUGAACACCACAUAUAUCUUAGACUAUGGGAUAUUGAACCUUGUGCCUCGUCUUUUAAAGUGGGAUAACACUGACAUAGUGGCAUCUACUUUAUCUAUUCUCAUUCAAAUACACAAUUCCUUGCGAAAACCAGAGUUGUUUAAUACUGAGAUAAUCCAAGAUGCAGAAAAAUUGAAAUCAAGUAAAGAUAAAGUUGUCGCAAAUUUAGCAACAAUAUUUCAUCAAGAUGUAUGCAAAACACCAUAAAUAUAUAAAUAAUAUACAUAUUUGAAGAUAUUUAUUGGAACAUAGAAAUAGAAAGCAAGAUGUUAUCAAACAGAUUUCCGUACAUAGCAAUGAACAAUAAAAAUUAUCAAAAGAUAUGUAAAUUGCAUACAUCAACAUUUAAUAGAGUAUCAUUUAAAGCUGGUGAUAAAAUUCGCAUACAGAAAACACUUACACAAAAAGACUUGGACACUUUUUCAAACCUCACAAGUGAUCAUAAUCAUUUACACAAAAAUAAUGGCAACAAAAGGCCUAUUGUACAUGGGGCAUUAUUGAAUGGUCUUGUUGCCGGUCUAAUUGGUACUCAUUUACCAGGCCCAGGAACAAUUUUAGUAUCCCAAACAAUGAAGUUUCCCAAUAAAUGUUUUGUUGGUGAAAAAUUAACUAUAAGCGUUGAGUUAGUUGAUGUGAGGAAAAUUUUAAAAGUGAAAUUUUUCUGUGUUGUCGAAGAGGAAAAGAAGGUUGUGUUUGAAGGUGAGGCUAAGCUUAUAUUAGCCAAAGACUGUUGAGGUAGCUGUAAGAGUUGUUUAAUAAUUUAUUACAAAAUUUAGCUUUUUAACUAUCUAGUGAUUGUUACCUUUAAGAUUGAUUUGUGAUUGGGUUUCCAUUGCUGAAAUACAUGCACAAGAAUAUGUCUUCAAUGAAAAAGGUACAGCUUACCCACACAUACUUGAUGACCUGCAGAUCAGCUCACAGUUCACAUUUACAGAUCAGUAAAACAGGUCUCUAAUAUGUUCAUUUGUAACUGUAUAGCUGUAAGUCACAUGUGAGUGAGAGUGUGAGUUUUUAUCUGAUUUACACAUGCUGAGAACUGCAGCUGCAGAUCAGCUCAUGGUACAUACAUGUGUUGCAGAUCAGUCAGAAUUUAGAUGUGAAACAUAUGUCUAGUGCAGGUAUUUCCGCUUUGGUAAUGUAAGGAUACAAUUAUAUUAAGACACCCAUACUUUUAUGAAUAAAUUUCUUUCAAUGUUGAUAUUUCUAUAAAUGAUAAAUGAGAUAUGGCAAUGAAGUGCCAAGUGCCAAUGAAGUAAGGCAGUUUUAUUGAAUUUUUUAUUCCUGAAUGCAAUAGAAAUUUGUCCACUCUACAAACUUUAACUCAAUAAAUUAAGACUGAUCUUGCUUGCAAUAUAUAAAUUACUCAAAACAAACAGAUGUGAUAAUUUCCAUAUUUUCUUGCCUCGAGAUUGAAAAUUGUGAAAGAGUUUUUUUAUGUAAUCUUGCAACAGAAUUAUGUAAUAAAGUACAAUUAAAUA